GUGGGUAGCUGCAGUAUGUAGCACAAUGGCCCCCUGAGUCUGAAGGGCUGUGAUUGGUGGGUGGCUGUGGUAUAUUGAGGAGGACAAUACUGCCCCCUGAGUAUGAAGGGCUCUGAUUGGCGGGUGGUUGUGGUAUAUUAAGGAGGAUGGUACUGUCCCCUGAGUAUAAAGGGCUGUGAUUGGUGGGUGGUUGUGGUAUAUUAAGGAGGAUGGUACUGUCCCCUGAGUAUAAAGGGCUGUGAUUGGUGGGUUGCUGAGGUGUAUUGAGUGGAGGCACUACUGCCUCCUAAGUCUGAAGGCCUCUGAUUAGUGGCUAAAGGUUUUCCUUUCAGGGAGCUUCUUGUUCCUGAUUGGCUGCGGGGGGAGUGGGAGAGGAGCCAACACAGCGGACCCCUGAGCCUAGUUCCAGACAAUGCCAUAAGUAUGGGUUCCCGUAGCAGCAGCAGUGCCGGCUCUGGGGGCCAGGACCCCCAGGACGGCAGGCCCCAGAGGGGCUCCAGGCUCCUUCGGAGGGAGGAGGAGGAGGAGGAAGAGGAUGAAGAUGUGGAUCUGGCCCAGAGGUCAGAUUCGGCUGCUGCAGGGCGGAGGCGCAGCCAGUGUCCAGGUGGUCCAGACGCUGUCCGAUUCAGACGAUGACAACGACAGCGCCUGGGAGGGGCGGCUGGGAGACCGUUACAACCCCCCAGUGGAUUCCGCGCCUGACACACGGGACGUGGAAAGUAACGAGAUCAAAACCCAGAUCCAGCUGGCGAAUGGGAUGCUGGGCUCCAGGCGAGCUGACCGCAGCAUCCCCCACCUCCUCCGCCAGAGAGAGUGGGGCUUGUGCCACAACAGCAGCUUUUCCCCGGGCGAGCGCUCCCGUGUGAUGUCCCACUUUCUGCCCAACCAGCUGGCGUUCACCGACUCCUACUACCAGAAGGCCUUCUGUGGCGUCUACUCCAGGGAUGGACAGCUCUUCAUGUCUGCCUGUCAAGACCAGACGAUCCGCCUGUACGACUGCCGCUACGGAGGCUUCCGGAAGUUCAAGAGCAUCCGGGCACGGGACGUGGGCUGGAGCGUCCUGGAUGUCACCUUCACCCCUGACGGAGGCCACUUCCUCUACUCCAGCUGGUCCGACUACAUUCACAUCUGUAACAUCUAUGGCGACGGAAACGUCCACACGGCACUGGAUCUGAGGCCGGAGGAGCGCCGGUUCGCUGUCUUCUCCCUCACGGUCUCCUCCGACGGGCGGGAGGUGCUUGGCGGGGCUAACGACGGGUGUGUCUACGUAUUCGACCGGGAGCAGAAUAAACGGACCCUCAAGAUCGAGUCCCAUGAGGACGACGUGAACGCCGUAGCUUUCGCCGACGGCAGCUCCCACAUCCUCUUCUCUGGGGGUGACGACGCCAUCUGCAAGGUGUGGGACCGGCGCACCAUGCGGGAGGACGACCCCAAGCCAGUGGGCGUGCUGGCCGGCCACCAGGACGGCAUCACCUUCAUCGACAGCAAGGGAGACGCCCGCUAUUUGAUUUCCAACUCGAAGGACCAGACCAUCAAGCUGUGGGACAUCCGGCGGCUCUCAGGGCGCGAGGGGCUGGAGGCGUCACGCCAGGCCGUCACCCAGCAGAACUGGGACUACCGCUGGCAGCAGGUGCCCAAGAAAGCCUGGCGCAAGACCAAGCUGCCAGGCGACAGCUCCCUGAUGACGUACCGGGGCCAUGGAGUGCUGCACACGCUGAUCCGCUGCCGCUUCUCGCCCCCGCACAGCACCGGCCAGCAGUACAUCUACAGCGGCUGCUCCACCGGCAAGGUGGUGGUGUACGACCUCCUGAGUGGGCAGAUCAUCAAGAAACUGACCAAUCACAAGGCCUGUGUGCGUGAUGUCAGCUGGCACCCCUAUGAGGAGAAGAUCGUCAGCAGUUCGUGGGACGGCUGUCUGCGCCUGUGGGAAUACCGCCAGGCUGAAUACUAUGAAGACGAUCUCAGGGACCCCGCAAACCUCCCUUCGGCUGGGGAGCCCCCCGCGAGCUCCCCCGGCUCCUCGGAUCAGUAGCCCCCCCCAGCCGGGGUGCCCCGUUUCUCAGUGCUUGGACGUGUGGGGACUGCAUUGGGGGGCUCUGGGCCCUGCUGUGUGUCAUGGACACCCCAAAAGUCCUCUGCCCUGGGGGGGAGGCUUUUCUCUGGCUCAGUACCCCAGGGGCCGUGUGGGGGGAGGAGUCAGUGUCCCCCCCCAGUCACUGGGGUGCAGGGCUUCGGGAAUCCCCCCGGGACACUGGAUGUGUACUAUGGACUGACCUGUAAUUUACUGGGCGGGGGGCCUGACCCCUCUAGGGGGUGUGGGGCCUGAUCCGGUCCCAGGGCAGGGACUGGCUGGCUUGGGGUAGGGGCAGGGAAUGGGG